UGUUUCAGCAAGUAACGGCAAAAGCAUCGAGUACUGUCGAUAACAAUGCUCAUUCCGUACUGUCAUCUCUAUCUCAAUUAUAGCGGCACUUUCAAUUUUAGUGUUUAAAAUGUCUAACUAUUCAUUUGGCACUUGCCCAUAUAAUAAAGAACAUCGCAUCAUGCUAUUCCGCAUGCCGGGCCAUAUUGUCAAAUGUAUGAAAAACUACCGUGGGCCGCCCCUGCAAACUUGCAAAUAUAAUGCCAUACACCGCGUGCUCGACAUGGAAGAGCACCUGAAAGAAUGUGAGGACUACCACAAGUUUACUGAGAAUAAUUCGUUUCAAAUGGCGCUUUCGGUGCGCGCACAACCCAUUAUUUACGACGAAGAUGCUGUAUAAGGCACUAUGUUUGAAUCAACAUUGACUUUACUUACGACCAUGUACAUACAUCUUCAUACGUAGUGGAUGUACGCCCUGCAGAGCAAUACAUCAUUAUUGUUAUACCUUUAAUCUUGCUAUAAUUUUCCGUACUAUGUGUACGGAUAUUGUUAUUAAUUCAUCAUUAAUCCGUUGAAACUAUCGAAGAACAGCUAAUGUGUACCCAUACUUUUUCACCCAAAGAAAAAAAUAACAUACUGUGUAUGUUUGCUUCGCCAUAUUCGAAAAUAAAAUUACGAUUUAAAAUUAUUUGUUUAUUAUGAAACUUACUCAAUAAAGCAAAUGUUUUGGUAUUUACAAGCACA